AUGAUACUGCUACAGAAAUGUAGAUUUUGUCUGUUGGAAUCCUUGGUGCUGUCAAAUUAUCGCCGGAUUCAGGUGGAACAUUAUAAAACUGUAGUUUCACAAACUAUCAAACUUGAAACCGGAGAACCGUUAAGAGUCGCAGCCUCUCCGGAAACCGAAAAAUGGGUGAGGAGGUUUCACCCUGUUGGUACACCGUUUCAAAAAUUACCACUUGAUCAUCGGAUCCAAGCCAACGUAAAAGCGCAUUUUCCAAAGGUGUCACGUUCCAACGACAUACAGGAGAAGAUUGUGUCUGCCAUCACACUGGGCAAGACCUCGUUUGUUGUAAGAUCAUGGAAUGGUUCGGGUAAAUCAUUUGCGACCCUCGCCGCAAUGUUAUCUAUUGCGUUGAGUGAUCAACCGAAGCCUGCGGCUUCGUAUUCAGCUACGAUCCUAUACGUUGUCCCAUCCGAUUCACUCGUUGAACAGUUAUAUCGAUGGUCACAGCUACUUGCUGGUUUAAAUUGCCCAGUAUACCCAUUAAUACGUCUGCCAUAUGGGCAAUGGAAACAUGGAAAGCUUCAGCAGGCGCGUGUCGUAAUCGCUUCGGUUGAUAGCUUAGCAGAAUGGUUGUCGUCAGCAAAAAUUGAAUACAUCAGUUUUCUGCAGGGUUUAAAACGGGUUGUUCUGGAUGAGUCGGAUCAAAUAAUAGAGGGUUUUGCGGCACCGUAUCAAAACCGGCGAGCCGGGCCUGUUAUGGGUAUCGAAAACUCGCCUAAGUUUCGAAAACUUUUCUUCUUCUGGGAUAAGUUUUACACAAGAACGGAACAAAGAAUUCGCAGCGAUUUAAAUGCUAUUCCCCAGUUUGUCCUUUUGUCCGCCACAAAUACGUCCUCCAUUGCCAACGCUUUUGGUCUCUUUAGCAAGCAUCUUUUGGGUUGCAUUGGUCUAGAUCAAGGGAAACACUGGUGGGAUUGGGGUUUGCGAAUGUGGAAUAACAUCGAACACAUUAGUCUUCGUUUAAGCGGUGAAGACACGAAACCAAAAAUCCGAGAUGUUCAGUUCCAAGUCGCAAAAAGUUUAAACUCUUACGAAAAAGCUGGGUCAGCCCCAGUGACAAUCCAUGAACUAGACACUGUCUUAAAGCUUUAUACGAAUGCUCUUUUAUUAAUUGUUCGGAAGGAGCAUAAACAAGUACCAACAUUUAUGGGCGAUCUUCUUGUUCUUCUCCCUGAACAAGCGAACAUUGUUGAAUAUGUUGAACAAAACGCAGCGCUUUAUGAACAAAAUUCUCUUCUACUGAGAAGACUGGAUACUUUUAACCUUAAAAAGAAGGAAGAACGACGUGCCCAUCAAAUUGCCUAUGUCGGAAAGCUGACGGACAUUUUUGGUUUAAGUUUAUUUGGCCUGACCCAUGUGUUUCAAUUAUGGAAUACGUUUAGCGCUGUGGUCUACCAACACGUCGCUGGAAGAGUUGGAUCUUUUGGAAAAAAAGGAAAGGUGAUCAGUUUCUUCGCACCAGCGUACACUAAUAGUGCGGACAUUGAAGCCCAUGGAUAUGCUCGUAUGAUAUCACUUGUGUACCAAAAGCUUGCUGUGAUACCCAAACGGUAUAUGAAAUACUCCAAACCCCCUAAGUUGGAUGUACAAGACAAGAGAGAGAUUUGA